AUGGCCAGUUGGCCAUUUUCCUUCGUGCCGGCAUGGUUGAUCUUUUGUGUAACUGUCGUACUGGCGACCAAUAUCUCCAACGAAUUCUCGAGCUUCAUCCCCAGCUGUGCCGGAGAAUGCUUCGCCUCUUUCCUUAACGUCAAUUAUGCUCAGGGUGUUUGCACCGGAAAACCUCUGCUGGAUUGUCUGUGUUCUCGAAGGGGCGCCUCGGGAUUCACUCUUGGUGAGGGUGCAAUGCAAUGCAUCUCUGCUGAACGAUCCAUUGGAUACUGCUCCAUAGUCGAAGCCAGUGAUAGAGUCAUCGAGAAUGCAUAUGAUAUAUGCAACGGGAGACCUGGUGCGGUCCAUCCUACUUAUCUCACUAUCACAGCAACAUUAGUUUUGGCUCCUUCGGGAGGAGUUGUGACUUUUCCCUCAGUGACCACCAAGACUACUUCACGGCCGGAUACAUCAAGCACUAUUCGUACAUUGCCAACAACAUUGGUUAUUGAUACAUCCUCGCCCCCUGUUAUUCCAAGACCAUCGACGAAACCAAUUAGCUCCACAACACGAUCGACGGCCAGAGAACAAUCUACGACUGAUUCGUCAGAUGAUUCAGAUAUAAUCUCGAUCACGGAGCCUCCGUUCACUAAGCCCACUACUUUUGAGACUUCUACAUAUACCUCAACUUCGAGUUCAGAGUCCGAGACCACCACGGACGUACAGGGUGGUGCCGGUGGGGCAAGCAAAGACGAGGACAGUGAUGAUUCAGACAAACUCUCCACUGAACAGGUCGCUGGUAUCUCAGUCGGCGUCCUUGCCGCAGUGGGAGUUGCGGUUGGAGCUAUUGUAUUGGCAAGAUACUAUCGACGAAGAAAGUAUCCUCAGAUCAAGACUGGCUUUCUCCCUAUGAGGGACACCUGGGGUUAUAAGCCAGAUCGAUCUGACAACGGUGGACAUAAUUCGUGGAUGGUUCACCAACUGCGACCUGAUCUGGAUCCUACAAAUCACCCACCACCGCCGCCUACUUCUAACCGUAGGAGUGUUAAGCCUGAAACCAUUGGUGUAGCAUUAUCACCUCCUCCCUCGAGCCGCAACACGGCGGUGCAUACAUCUCCACUGAGGCGAUUAUCAAAGCUGCUCCCUGCGAAACCGACCCUACCAGAUCUAUCUGUCGGAGACACCAACGACAAGCCCUUGCCUCUUCUCCACGCGGAGCAAGCUGACGGUAGACGCCAAGAUGCUGGACAUUCAUCUCGAGAUGAGAAUUCUUCAAUACCACCACCAACACUUGCUGCUGCUGCCUGGACAGGAAGAUCUAAGCCGACACCACCCGCACCGCUGAAGCUACAGAUACCACAAGCCGAGAAACCGACCGGACCAGCUGUACGGAUGAGCAACCGUGAGAGUAACGUGACGGAGUUUGAAGAAGACCGUACCUCAAUAUCCCCGAACGCCAACACUCAAGUCUGGAGACCACCAACAACGCCUCUUUCGGCAACAACCUACUAUGUCGCCGACCAAUACGGUAAUUGGGUUCUGGGAAACCCAAAGCGUGCCUCAGUGAUUGCUCGAGGCUCGCAGGAUUCCAAGGUUUCUCAAGAGGGAGCACCAAGACCACCUAACAAUGAUAACGCCCCCCUCGGCAGUGCAGAACGAAGCGACACCAGAUCGCUUGCUCCUCCAGCUGAGAUUAUUCCUGGUGGUGCACCGUCCAGACCUGGUGGACCUCGUCCGCAGUAUCCCUCUCCCUUCUUCUCUUCCCAGUCUCAUCCAAGACGCAGCGCUUCCAAUCGUCGUUCCAUGACAAGACCCCUGACUCGACCACGCGAAGACUCUAGCAGUAGUAGCGCCACCAUCAUCACCACCUCAACCGAGUUCUCCUCAAGCAUUCCGUCUGUGGCACCAGAACAGCAAGUCAGCCUCUCUCCUGUUGUCGAAUCUCCCCAGUCAGUCCGAGCUCGUCAGCAGCAGCCUCAGAUCCCCCCACGAGACCCUCGACGUGCCAGCCAGGUGGGCAACCCUGGUGUCAGCGUCAAUCCGCGAGCUGCCCCUCCUACGCGACAGGUAGUUUACAGCCCUCCUGGGCAGCCAAGCCCGACCUUGGGUCUGAUGCAGCCUCCUAGUGCAUACUACGCGGCACUACAGUCAAAGGCGCAGUUGAAUGCGCAACCACAACAGAAACCUCAAUCAGCUGUUCAGAGCAUGCAACCCGCCGAUAACACAGGUACACAGACAGCUUCAUCGACAAUGCGCAUUGUGGAGCCUUCUCCGGAGCCAGAUGAGACCACAGAACCCGCGAAUGUCAAAGAAGAUCAGAUCCGGGCGUCCCCCUUCUACUUUGACCCACCAUAUCCUCAACCUCUUCAUUCUCGCCAAACCCCUCAGCCUCAGCAGUAUCAGCCAUAUCAGAGGCCUCCCUCGUUUCAACCUUCCCCUCGUCAACAACAGGCAGCCUGGCAACCCGUCCAGAGACUGCAUUCACACAAUCACCAGCAACAACGCCACAACCAUCAUCAUCAUCAUCAGCAGCAGCAGCAGCAAAACCCUUGGCAGCCUACACAGCGUAUACCCGCAACAUAUCCGCCAUUCCAGCAACAGCAGCCUCUGCAGUCCUAUCAGCGCACAUUUCCGCAUCAGCAGCCCUACCAACAACCACAGAUGUACCCUUCUUUCCAACCUCGGCCAGGCCAGCAACAUAACCCUCGUAGUACAGGAGGUUACCAGUCAUUUCAACCCUAUCCUGCCGCACAACAGACUCAAAUACACCCUUCUCAAUAUCAGAGUUACCGCCCCCCCCAAUCAAUGAACCCCUCCCUUGUUCACUCUGAUAGCCAAGAUUCACUCCUGGCUAAGCGUGUCGGUUUGGAUCGCGCUGCUGGUAUGACUAUCGGUACAGACAAAACUGGCGCUUCAAAGUGGAAUCGUGAUAUUCAAAACAAGACACCACCAAACCUUCCUUUGUCGCCGCAUUGGCAGCCGACAUUAACCCCUACACGGCGAGGAGAUGACCUGGUCUUGAACGUACAAUAAAAUGGAGAUAUAGAGAUUUCGGCGACACAUGCACC